UGGUUAUAGAACAAAACUCAAAACAACAGGCUGAACAAAGAAACUUAAACAUGAACAUCUUGUUAUUGUCCAAUAUGGUGCGACCGAGUUUUAUUAUUAUUAAUGACGCUUUUGCUUUUUCAAAGUGCAUCGCCUCAGAUCGACCUGCUGGGGGCGCCGUGAGCUCUGCUGCGGUUGUGGGUUUGAAUCCCAUCUGGGGCUUUCUGCAUGGAGUUUGCCUGUUCGCCUGCGUGGGUUCUCUCUGGGUACUCCUCCUGCAGCCCAGACCAGGAAUGAUCUGUAUUCUCACGUCUCCAACCAGUUGAUCCCAGUUCAGGGCCCGUUUCCUCCCAGCUGUCUGUAGAAGCACUCAGCUCUCAGAAGUUGAAGGAGUUUUUCAUUCAGAAAGGUUCAGAUGGGUUCCUGGUAGUUUGUCAGGCCACUGUAGUUUGUCCAUGUUGCUCCUCUGACGUUAAUAAUCUGAGGGAUUGAGGCCUGACCUUCAGGUUAAUCCUGUCAGCUCUCUCCAGGCUGAAGCAGAGGAAAUCCCCGCAGAUCUGCGCCGGCUGUGCCACUCUCUGGGUCUCUGCGCGUUCGGCAUGCUCAGCCUCCCGUAGAGUCGCAGGAUGUUUUCCUGGGUGGUGAAGGUCGUUCCUCAUCCUGCUGAAGCUCCGGCUGCUGCUGAGUCGGUGAAGAACGAUGAAGCCAAGAAUGCUUCAGCGAAGAGCCCUGAGGAGGCCUCAGAGGACGGCCAGAGCAACGGGGGAGUGAUGGGCUGGCUGUCCAACGGCUUCGUCAGCGCGCUGCCGCAGCCGCCGGGGUCUCCUCUGCUCAAGGGGUCCAAUGCAGACUGCAGGCCAGGAGACGAUGGAGAUCGGAGCGGCGUGAUGGGCUGGGUCGCUCAGGGUCUGACCAAGGUUCUGCCUCAGCCGGAUGACAAGUACCGAGAAGCGGCUGAGACCCAGAAUGCCGCCGAGGAGCACACCGAGGUGUUUGAGGCAGCGACUAUGCCAGAUUAUGACCCGCUUCCUCACAUCCCGGUGGUGGAGGUGGUGUCGGAGGAGGAAGUGUCGGAAGUGGAGAGUUUGGCUGCUCAGUUCCACCCAAAGGUGGUGAGCUGGAUAAAGCAGAUAGUCCCUCAGCCAGUGAUUCUGCCCCCUGGUGGUGUACCUGUGGAAGCGCCACCAAAAGUCUCUCGCUCCUCUCUAGACAAAGUGCUGUCGCCCCCGCCGGAGUCUCUCAGUGGGAUUUCACUGGACACCGACAGCAGAGCUGGAGUGGUUGACUGGUUCGUGUCCGGCCUGGGUCUGAAGAUGCCGCAGCUUGUCCUGCCGCCCAAAGACGAAGCUGAGGGAGCAGCUGAAGUGCUGCAAAAAGCUUCCUCCAAACUGAAGCCCGACUUGGUUCUGGAGGACAUGGAGUCGGACAACGAGGACCAGAACCGCCCCAAAGCUGCAGGAUCCCAGGGCCCCAUGGGCGACUCGGCCCAGCAGGGGAGAGGGAGGUCCGGCUCUGUGGAGGCUCUGGGGAACUGCGCCGCCCCGCAGGCCCCGCAGGCCCCGCAGGCCCCAGUGGCCCCGCAGGCCCCAGUGGCCCCGCAGGCCCCGGUUUCAGACAACGGCACAAAAACAUCUCAGGAAGACGCAGAGACCCAGACGGGCCGCUGGACGCCGUUCAUCGAAAGCAUCAAGAAGGAGGCCGAAGGCGUGGCGCUGGCCUCCAUGGAGGAACGCCUGCUGCAGGAGCGCAUGGAGAUGACCCGCCUGGCCGAAGAGGUGGCUCGGCAGACGGCAGAGAUGGCGGUGAGGCAGAUGGCCAGCGAGGGAACCUCCAUCAAACUCUCCCUGGAGAGCCAGGAGCUGUUGGAGGAACCGGAGGCCGAAUUGCCAGCAGCACCAGAAGAAGACAGCAAGCUGGAGCCAGGAGCUGAUGCAGAAAAGGACGGGUCCGGGCUCCAGGACGAGCAGAAAGCCGAGGAACCGGCAGUCCAGGAAGCAGGUAGAGACACAGCUGAGGAGCAGCAGGAGGAACCAGAACCAGAAUCAGAACCAGAACCAGAACCAGAACCAGAACCUCCACUGACUGCCAUAUUCCUACCAGCAGAACCCAGUUCUGGUCGGGUCGGGUCCAGUCGGUUCCGUCUCUCUGCCCAAUCAUGUUUCUCUGUUGUUUCUUCCUCAGCUCCCCCUCAGCCUCCAGCUGCCCCCCAGGGUGAGGAAGAGGAGGAUGAGGAGGAAGGCAGGUUAGGAGGUCAGUGUGUCGGCGGGGCAGGAAGCGGGGUGUCUGGAGGAAAGGAGACUCGAUGGAUCCGGGCCUGUUGGCCGAUCCGAUUCCCCGCCAGCAUCGACCCUUUCACCAACAUCCUGUACGUUCUGUGGAUGUUCCUGGUUUCUGCGGCCUGGAACUGGAACGUGUGGUUGAUCCCGGUCCGCUGGGCGUUCCCCUACCAGACGCCCCAAAACGCCCCCUACUGGCUGCUGGCCGACUACGCCUGUGACCUCAUCUACAUCCUGGACAUCGCCGUGUUUCAGCCGCGCCUGCAGUUCGUCCGCGGAGGAGACAUCGUGUGUGACAAGAAGGAAAUGAGAAAGAAUUACAUGAAAACCAAACGCUUCAAGUUCGACGUGGCCAGCCUCGUUCCUCUAGAGCUGCUGUACUUUAAGACGGGCAUCAACCCUCUGCUGCGGUUACCUCGCCUGCUGAAGAUCAACUCAUUUUUUGAGUUCAAUGAGCGACUGGAGGCCAUCCUGACCAAAGCCUACAUCUACAGGGUGAUCCGAACCACCACAUAUCUUCUCUACUGUCUUCACUGCAACGCCUGCCUCUACCACUGGGCGUCCUCCUACAUCGGACUGGGGGCCACGCAGUGGGUCUACAACGGGGUCGGCAACAGUUAUAUUCGCUGUUACUACUUUGCGGUGAAAACUCUGAUCACCAUCGGCGGUCUGCCGGAUCCCACCUCCCUGUUUGAGAUCGUAUUCCAGCUCAUCAACUACUUCGUUGGCGUCUUCGCCUUCUCCAUCAUGAUUGGUCAGAUGCGUGACGUCGUCGGUGCGGCCACCGCGGCUCAGACCUACUACCGCACCUGCAUGGACAACACCAUCAAAUACAUGACGUCCUACCGCAUCCCCAAAGACGUCCAGAACCGCGUCAAGACCUGGUACAACUACACCUGGCAGUCACAAGGCAUGCUGGAUGAGCAGGAGCUUCUGACCCAGCUACCAGAUAAAAUGCGCCUGGACAUCGCUGUAGACGUCAACUACUCCAUCGUGAGCAAAGUCCCUCUGUUCCAGGGCUGUGACAGGCAGAUGAUCUUUGACAUGCUGAAGAGUCUGCGCUCGGUCGUCUACCUGCCUGGAGAUUACGUCUGCAAAAAGGGCGAAGUGGGCCGGGAGAUGUACAUCAUCAAAGCAGGGGAGGUGCAGGUGGUUGGAGGUCCCGAUGAGAGGACGGUGUUUGCUACGCUGAGAGCAGGAUCUGUGUUUGGAGAGAUAAGUUUGCUAGCGGUGGGCGGAGUCAACCGGCGCACGGCCAACGUGAUCGCUCAUGGGUUUGCAAACCUGUUCAUCCUGGACAAGAAAGACCUGAACGAGAUCCUGGUCCACUACCCCGAGUCCAAGAAGCUGCUGCGCAAGAAGGCCAGGAAGAUGCUUAAUAAGGGCAAAAAGCCUGAACCCAAAGAGGAAGCUAAGGAACCGGCUCCGGUACCGGCGGCUUCUCUCAAGUCCGAGACACCCAGACUGCUGCGAGCGGCUCUGGAGAUGACGGAGAGGUCGUCUGGACUGAAAGGAGCUCUGGCUCGGGUCAAAGAGAGGAGCAGCAAGUCCAGCAUCUCACUGCAGCGGUCCCUCUCCGCCUCGCUGCGUCCUCCGGACCCCGUCCUCAGCCCCAGACCGGACACGUCCCUCUCUGCCAGCUCCACGACGCUUCGCUCAGCUUCUCGGAGCUGCAACCCUGCCGAUUUUCCUCCUGCGCAGCUGCAGCUGCAACGCGGCGCGGCGGGAUGGGAUGAGAGCGAGGAUGAGUGGGAUGAAGGAGGAAGAGGGGAGGGAUUGGAAAGGAGAUGAAGCUCAUUUCAUAGUUGACUGGUACUCCAGAAAUGAAAGUCUGGUCUUUGUUUUGUUGUUGUUCAUCACAAGUUUACUAAAAUAAUAACUGGCCUUAUAAGUGGAAUCACUGCUGCAGCUUUAGCUCAACCUGAAACACUAUUGAUUUUAAACUAGAACAAUAUUAACAUCAAUGAUGUCAACAUUGAUUUUAUUCUGUAAAAUGAUUUGUGAAUAUAAAGUAACUAUCAUCA